GAGCCAAGAAGCGCUCUAUAAAAGAACUUGCUCUUCUAUCACUCAGAAGCUUUCUAGGAAAGCAACAAUUUGAAAUUUAGACCUGUAGUGGGACCGUACACUUACCGAAGGAGCUACACCUGUUCAGCGACAACACUGAUUUUGGGCAUAUACCAGUAUCAACAAAUACUCAGACAUAAAUCUUAGAGGAAGAAAAAAAAAAACAUGCCACUUCUGGUUUUGCCUCUGUUGGGGGCUUUGUCAGUCUCUGAGAGCCUUGUGGCCAUUACAACAGUGUGUUUGGUAUACCUGCUCUUGCAACUCCGCACAAAAAUCCCAGAAGGUCUCCGCCAGCUUCCGGGCCCCAGGCCCCUCCCGAUCAUCGGCAAUGUUAUGGAACUCGGCGGCAACCCUCACCUGAGCCUCAGCGCCAUGACCAAGCGCUAUGGCCACGUGUUCCAGAUCCAGAUCGGCAUGCGGCCCGUGGUGGUCCUCAGCGGCAUCGACAUGGUGCGGCAGGCGCUCAUCAAGAAGGGCGAGGACUUUGCCAGCCGUCCUGACCUCUACAGCUUCCAGUUCAUCAACGACGGCAAGAGCCUGGCCUUCAGCUCCGACCAGGCCGGGGUGUGGCGUGCCCGCCGCAAGCUGGCCAUGAGCGCCCUGCGCUCCUUCUCCACGCUGGAGGGCGAGAAUCCAGCCUACUCCUGCGUCCUGGAGGAACAGAUCAGCACGGAGGGCAUCUACCUGGUGGAGCGCCUGCAGACGGUGAUGGACGACAGCGGCAGCUUCGACCCCUUCCGCCACAUCGUGGUGUCAGUGGCCAAUGUCAUCUGCGGCAUGUGCUUUGGCCGGCGCUACAGCCACGACGACGACGAUCUGCUGAGCCUGGUCAACAUGAGCGACGAAUUCGGACAGGUGGUGGGAAGCGGGAACCCUGCUGACUUCAUUCCCUUCCUCCGUUUCCUGCCAAGCAGCUCCAUGAAGAAGUUCAUGGCCAUCAACGACCGCUUCACCAAGUUCAUACAGAAGAUUGUGGGGGAGCACUACGAGUCCUACGAUAAGAAUAACAUCCGCGACAUCACAGACUCACUCAUUGACCACUGCGAGGACAGGAAGCUGGAUGAAAACUCAAAUGAGCAAGUGUCGGAUGAGAAAAUUGUCAGCAUUGUCAACGACCUCUUCGGUGCCGGAUUUGACACCAUCAGCACAGCUCUGUCAUGGGCAGUUGUGUAUUUGGUGGCCUACCCAGACAUCCAGGAAAGACUUCACCAAGAAAUAAAGGAAACAGUUGGGAUGGAGAGAAACCCACAUCUGUCGGAGAGGUCCAGCCUCCCUCUUUUGGAAGCCUUCAUCCUUGAGCUGUUCCGUCACUCCUCCUUCCUACCUUUCACUAUCCCGCACUGUACCGCCAGAGACACAUCUCUCAAUGGAUACUUCAUCCCUAAAAACACGUGUGUGUUCAUCAACCAGUAUCAGGUCAACCACGACCCUGAGCUGUGGAAGGACCCUGAGGUCUUCAUGCCAGAGCGUUUCCUGUCUGCUGACGGCACGGAGGUGAACAAGUUGGAGGGCGAGAAGGUGCUGAUCUUCGGCGUGGGCAAGCGGCGCUGCAUCGGCGAGGCAAUCGGCCGUGCCGAGGUCUUCCUCUUCCUUGCCAUCCUCAUCCAGCGCCUGCAGUUCCACAAGAUACCCGGCCAAAAACUGGACAUGACCCCUGAGUACGGCCUCACCAUGAAACACAAACGGUGCCACCUGCGGGCCACCUUGCGCCCACGGGAGGAAAACUGAGCUCGCCCCAGAAUUUGCACCUAAAUAUUAUUUGUCUUUUCAGGCGGGUGCAAAUCACAAAUAUAAAAUCCAAUUUGCUUUCAUUUGCUGGUGUCCAGCCAAAGUAGCAAGUGGAAUAGUGUAACAGGGUACACUGUACUAUCUUUGAUAAAAGCAGUUUGUGCGUUAUCAGAGCGUUCUCAACGAGUUCGCUGCUGAUUGGACAGGGACAUGAGAUGAGGUAGACAUCUAAGAAGAUGUGAAUUAUAUGGGAGGGCUUUCUGUAAAGUACAAAAUGGAGAAACAAUGCUUUUCAUAGACUGAAAUAAUCCUUUGCUCAUCUAAUUAAUUGACAAUUCUGCAGAGGAAUUCUCCAUCUGAACCCAUAGCUACCUGGGAUCUAAUUUCUGCUCUUUUCUAAGCAAAUUCAGCUCAGGUCAAACAAUCCUACACUGUUUGAUAUAUAGCAGGGACACACAUAUCAGCUGCUUAUUAAAAGGGGUAAUUUUCAUUGGAAAGGAGGAACGUAUAUUGUAAAAUAAAUUGGACACAGAGCGGUAAAAAUGUUAUAAUGGCAGGUAAUGUGAUCCCACAACCCACCUUUUUAAAAUAUAUAUAUAAAUAUAGCCUAUAUAUUGUUAUAUUGGCAGAGGAAAUGCAACAAGUGCCUUUUUAUAAUGUAGCCUACAGAGGACCACACAUGCUGCUUGAAACAUCUUUGAUGUGUUGAAUUAGAAUUACAUCAAAUUAAGGCCAUCUGUAUAGGCUGUCAGUCCUCUAAAAAAUUCAGGUGGGUUUUAAAAGACUAAAGCUAUUUUGUAUACCGUGUAGGCUAGUCCUUUAAUGUGAUAUGUGUAUAUGAGUAUUUUGACUGUUGACUGUUAACUAGAUUUGAAUGUGCCUGAAAGGGUUUAUUUUGUAGUCCUAUGGCAAAUAUGCCAUUUGUUUUGUUAUUGCCUUUUACCCCACACAGAAUGUAUCCUAUUUGUUUAUCUGCUGUAUUCCCUGUUUGAGAGUGUAAAGAGUGAAACACUGUGCAUACAAUGAAGGAUUUGAUAAAAGACACUGAGCUGUGAAACUCUGAAGAACAUAACAACAACAAGCUAUUAAUUAUUCAUUAAUCCCGAUUUUGUACAUUCAAUGUUUGUGAAUACUUUUUCUCUUAAUGAAUUGGUGUUACUUGUUUGUGUAUUUAUAAAGAAAUAAAUAAAGAAACUGAGAAAAAAACA